AUGACUACAUCCCAGAGCCGCAUAUCAGAGCUGGCCGCCAAGGUGGCAUAUCAUACCCAAAGAAUCGACGAAUACCUCAACAGUAACGGCUUACCCAGUCCUUCGUUCCAUGCUGAUAGUCCUACGGAUCUUGGGCUAUCCUCUGAUCUCGAGCAUUCACGCACUACUGUUCUUCGCGCAAGCCAGGAACUGAACGAUCUCCUACAGCAUCCUCGAGAUCUGUUAUUCAAUCACCAUCACAAUGUUCAAGUAUACCUCCAGCUCAUUUCUCGAUUCGAGAUUGCUAGCAAAGUACCGGUAGAUGGAGAAGUUACUUUUAGCCGGCUGGCAGCUGCUGUUGGGAUAGACGAAGGGGCGAUGGCUCGCAUCCUUCGUCUCGGCAUUGCCUUCCGCAUCUUCAGAGAGCCUCGGCAAGGGGUCAUAGCACACUCUGCAGCAUCCAGACAGAUCGCGGAUGAUGCUCGCGUGGCAGACUGGGUUGGCGCGUCGUCGGGCGAUCUGUGGCCUGCAGCGGAGAAAGUAGUAGAUGCGCUGGCAAGGUGGCCUGAUGCCGCGGAACCUAAUCAGACUGGAUUCUCGAUCGCCAACAAUACCGACCUUCCGUUCCAUAUGGUUUUGGCGCAAAGCCCGCAUCGCGCACGCCGCUUUGGCGGGGCUAUGAGUUCCCUCGCCAAGGGAGAUGGGUAUUCCCUCCAUCACUUUACAGACGGAUAUACCUGGGCCGCGACGCCACCUGGUACGGUCGUCGACCUAGGUGGUUCUCAUGGCGACACUGCAUUUGCGCUUGCACGAAAGUACCCAAACCAUCACUUCAUCGUGCAGGAUCUCCCUGAAGUGAUCAAGAACGCGAGACCAGAGAUUGGCCUGAAUGUGGAAUUCAUGGCACAUGACUUCUUCGAUGAGCAACCAAUGAAGGGCGCUGAGGUGUACUACUAUCGACAUACAUUACACAAUUGGCCAGACAAAUAUUGUGCUAAGACGUUAAGAGCGUUGAUACCAGCUCUGAAGCCAGGUGCCAGGUUAUUGAUUAUGGACAUGGUAAUGCCUCCGCCUGGCGCGCUUCCAAAUGAUAUUGACCGCAAACUAAGGGCCAUGGAUUUGACUAUGCUAGAAGUUGGAAAUGCCAAAGAGCGCGACCUGGACGAAUGGAGAAGCUUGCUCGAGGAAACUGACGUGAGGUUCCAAUUGAAAGAUGUGCAUCAACCUCCAGGUUCGACGUUAUCGAUCAUUGAGGUGGUAUGGAGUGAAUGA